UCGUAUACGAUUAUGUCGUUUGGUAAAUAUGUUUUUAUAAUGUAACGAGGGUAAAUAAGUGAUUUCUGGAUGAAACUCUGAUGAGAUUCAGGACUAUUCUGGUGGAGAUGAUACUUGGCAUUAUUUAUCGCUUCGCUGAAAGAUAGCACCGCGAAAAUGACACCUAAACGGAAGACAACCAGUUCGGAAUCUACGUCAACGACCAGCUCGGGCUCUUCCUCGAGUAGCUCAUCGAGUUCAGGCAGCGAAUCCAGCUCGUCCGAUUCCGAGAAUUCCAGUAGCUCUGCCAAUAGUCAAAAAGCAUCCGAUACAGAGAAAACCAAGAAGAAGGCGCCAUUUCCAGCCAAUCGUCAUGUCAAAUCCAAAGCUGAAACGGCUUUUGUCCCACCUUUGGAUAAUAAAAAUAAAGACAGACAGCCGCAAAAAGCCAGAUCAGUGGUAUACUCUUCUGAAUCGGAAGAAUCACCCAGCAAAGCAAAAUCACCGCAAAAGAGAAAACCACCAGCGAAACCAAAAGCCACUGCUACCGUAGCACCAGUUGUUAAGAGAUCUCCUAUGAAACCGGUACCAGCACUAACAGGACAGCAUAAAGCUGCAGCUGCUUUAAAAUCCGUUAAUAGCAAACCUAACAAAUUUGUCGGUUCCAUGAGUACCAACAACAGCAAAUCUCCCGAUAAAUCCGCGAAAGCAGCGGAACCAGUCCAAAAGAAAUUAAAAAAGAAAAGUAUAUUCAGUCCGGAAAAUAGUAGCGAAAGCGAUAAUGGUAUUUUGGCGAAAGUUAACACAGCCAAAUCAACGAGCAAUUCCACAAAAUGUACUAAAAAUUCUCCAGCUAAAGCAAAAUUAAAUGAUACCAAGCAAAAAGCUGCGGCAACAAGCAGACUUGUCACAAAACCCGCGCAACCGCAGAAAUCUGACAGUUCCGCGAGUUCAAAAAGUUCUGGCGGCUCAGCAUCUUCGGGUAGUACAGACAGCAGCACUGAUUCGGAAUCAUCUGAAAGUAUCACCAGCUCUCAGCCUCAACCAAAAAAGAAGGAAACGCAGCCUAGCAGUACGAAUACUAUAGCAAGCGUGCCACCUAAAAGACCAUCGGCGGCAAUCGCCCCGGUAAAAUCGCAAAAAACAGUUACUAAACGACAAGGCGCUAUAAAAAGCGAUGAUGAUGAAGAUGCAUCUGCGAGUGAAAAAGAAGACGAAGGAACAUUGAUCUCGAAAACAGUAACGAAAAGCAAACGAAAACUGCAAACGCGCAAAGGAAGUAAAUUACUUCAACUACAAGCGAAGGCGGCCAGCGAUUCCGAAUCUGAUACAGGUAUGGAAACGGUAGCGUGUAAGCGUAUCCUACAGAUUGCGCUAACUCGGUGUGAUCUGUCAAGAGUAGCCGAGAGCAAAAGGAGUACGAGCAAAUCACCCGUUAAACGCGCCGGACCAUCUGCUGCUGCCAGACAAACCUCCUCCGGAGCUGGCAGAUCAACGCAGAAUAGCGGUAUCGCUUCUAAUUCUACUGGUAACAGAACAAAUCAGGCUCCUUACAAUCGAGCACGUGCUACAAAGGAGCGUGAAUGUCCUCUGGCUGCGUCCUGCGACUCGCGGGGUCAUCUCUCUGGAAAACUGGAUUCGCACUUCACUCUAGAGGCAUGUCCACUAUAUCACAAUACUACGCCGCAGGCUUGCGUAGAAUUUUAUAAAGAGAGAAAAAAGCGAGAGGAUGAGCGCAAGAAGGCUAUAAUAAAUCUGGCCAAGAAACCUAAGGGUGUUCAUCAAACUACUGAGCAGCGCAAUUACCAACUUAAAGUGCGAGAGAUGAGGAACAAGUGGAAGGGCAACACCGGCGACGGUAACGAAAGCGAUAGUGGCGGUGAACUACAGGGAAACGAGAAGGACAAGCAACCUCGACUGAACAAUCUCACACCCGAUUAUGACUUGAAGCUAUUUAUGGAAGCUCAGGCGAUAGCUAGCGAGAAAAUCGAAAAAGAAUUAAAAGAAUUAGACUAUGAUGGCGAAGGUAGAAACGGCGGUGGCACGCGAGUCGUCGAAAUGGGAAAAUGGGAAAUGGAAGUUUGGUAUCAAAGCCCGUAUCCCGAAGAGUAUAGUCGUGCUCCGAAGCUUUAUCUUUGCGAAUAUUGUCUGAGGUACGCAAAGAGUCGUCAAGUGCUGAGAAGACAUAGAGAGAAAUGUUUGUGGAGGCAUCCACCAGGACAUGAAGUAUACAGAAAAGACAAAAUAGGCGUGUGGGAAGUGGAUGGUAAGCGAUAUAAACAGUAUUGUCAAAAUCUCUGUUUGCUAGCCAAAUUUUUCCUGGACCAUAAAACAUUGUACUAUGAUGUCGAGCCGUUUCUCUUUUACGUCAUGACAAUUGGCGAUUCCGAGGGCUGCCAUACCGUCGGUUACUUCAGUAAAGAGAAAAACUCUUUUCUGAAUUACAAUGUGUCCUGCAUUCUGACGCUACCGCCUUAUCAGAGGCAAGGCUAUGGCCGGCUCCUCAUCGAUUUUAGUUACUUGCUGACGAGGGUCGAGAAGAAGAUCGGUUCGCCGGAAAAGCCGCUAUCGGAUCUCGGCCUGAUCUCGUACCGCAGUUACUGGAAGGACGUACUGUUACAAUAUCUCUGCAAUUUCGGCGGCAAGGAGAUCUCCGUCAAAGAUAUCAGCAAGGAAAUGGCCAUCGACUCGUAUGACAUUGUCAGCACCUUGCAAGCCCUUGGUAUGAUGAAGUACUGGAAGGGCAAGCAUAUCAUUCUGAAGAAACAGGACGUGAUCGACGACUACAAGGACAGGGUGAAAAGACGAGGUCCCGUCUACAAAGAGAUCGAUCCGGAGUGUCUGAAAUGGAACCCCUUCCAGCCACCCAAGACGCCCUCCGCCUCGAACUAAGACCCGUCAGAAGCUUGGAAGUGCGCCACCUUCUUCUCUUCCCCCUUGCCAUUCCCCUCUUCGCAGCACGACUUGGAACGACACGGUCGAUCCUGCCGUCGUUCCCGUUGUCGUCGUCGUCGUCGUCGUCGUCGUCGUCGUCGUAGUAUUCAGCCGCGUCUUCGGCCUUCUCGUGAUGCAGGGAAGCCACAUAAGCCGACACGGACAGAUUUCACGCCCAUAACACUCGGCAAGAGCCGUGAAAAUCCUUCUAGGAACUUCUUCAUUCCGAAGCACGCCAAGAAACAACGGGUGAGUGAGUAUCACGUUCUAUCGACGAUACCGUUAAAGCUCGCCUCGCGAAAGAGAGAGAAAAAACUUGUCCGCAAUUUAAGAGUGUCGAUUACAUUGCGAUGCUGAUAUUGUAAACACGAGGCGAGUUGAUCGUAAAAGAAAGAAGAGGAAGAAGAAAGUCCGAUAUAAUAAUUAGCGAAACUUUUAAACGCGUUAGAAAAGAAAUGCGCCGAAGAAAGAAUUUCUUUGUCUAUCGUUGAGAUGAAGGUGGGCAAGCGCGAAGGCAUUUUUAGCGCCUCUAGUGCACUUGCCUAUCUUCUUCAACAUUUAUUAUAUUUCAGUUUUAUAUCAUUUUUCACGACAUAUUGAUAACACUUUUGCACUAUUGUGUAAAUUUCGAUCUAAUGUUUUGCGUGACAGAGCUUUUAUUUAAGAAUUUUAUUUAAAAAAAAAAAAAAAUCUAUUUUAGUAUAAAACUUUAAAUACGUCUGAGAUAUAAUGUUGCAAUUAAUGUAGAAUAUCUGAAUCAUGUAUAACGCGAAAGAUUCGCUCUCGAGCGUGUAAAUAUAAAUAUCAAAUGAAUAUGUAAAUAGCGGAUUGAAUUUAAGCUGUGUGUAUCGAUAUCUGUAAUAUAUAUUUAUUUUGAUAGUAACGAAUUGUGAAAGUAUUGCUCGCGGCGAUGGAAUUGUGGAUGGAAACACAUCGGUUACAUCAUAAAGGUUCGCCCUUAAGUAAUACGUAUACGUGCGCGUAGGAGAUAUCCCUGAACCGGCGACGUUAAGCCGCCGCCGCUCCUUCGCUGCCGCGUCGAUGCUGCGCCGAGAGUUCGUUGGUGCAUCGACCUUGGCAUCUCUCUCAUUGGCGCAACCUCGUUGCAGUAAGUUGCAUAACGGCGGAGCCGCGUUAUAACGUGCCCCGGUGGCGCAUCGAUCAGAUUGCGUCGUAUGCGCCGGACCGGGCGAAAAUUCCGCUCGCGAACGAGGCACGUGUCGUGAAAAGAGAUCAUCGACAAACGUGUAUAUCUACAUGUUGGAAAAAAGAAGGAAAGAAAAAAAAGAAACAACGAACAUUUUCUGCGACGAGAGAUCUCGGCCAGCGCGAAUUCUACGCAUGACAUUCUCAACUUGAUUCAACGUAUACGAUCCCUCGUGAUAGAGAAUAAUUUAUCAUAAGUUGCGCGAUUUCUCAAGCUUUUAUCGAUUCUGAAUCUCAAGCGAUUUGUUUCAUUACUCGUCAUUAAAUUGUCUUUGUAAACUGAAUGUCAACAUGGCAACGAGGGAGCGAACGGGAAAUUUUCUCGUUUAAUAUUCGUGCCCUGGGGAAUAAUUUCGCCGUUAAAAUACAUUCGACUAUAUACUGCAUCGCGGCCGCAAGACGUAGACACGAGAGAUACGUUAUUGAUCGGUCUACCAAGGUACAUGCUUGCCUGCAGAAUAGAGAGAGAGAGAGAGAGAGAGAGAGAGAGAGAGGAAGAAAGAAAGAUAUGCCAAUGAUGCAGAGGCUCACCGGCCUCCACGACAACAUCGAGUACCGUGAAAAUAACUUAAAAGAUAUCGAUUCAAGGUCAAAUGCGACUUUAAUUUAAAUAUGUUUUGUGUUUCCUCCGGACAUGGCGAUUUAAAUGAUCAAACAUGGUCAGCGGCUGGAAUGAAUUUCCGACUCGGGCACUUUUCUCGGAAAUCGUCGCGAGAAAUAAUCGUUAAUCGCGAAUUAUUAAGAAAUUAUUUAAGCUACAUCGAGAAAAAGGAAAUUUUUUUUUUAUUCUCUUAAUUUAUUACUACAAUUUUUUAAUGCACUUCUCUUUAUUGCGCAUAUGCAACGCAAUUCCGAUUUUCUUGUAACGAGCCGCGCCGAUUCCAAUUAAUACUUUUCAGAACUGUCGGAACUCUUGUAACUCUUGCUAGUUUUAUACGCGGUGCACUUUAACUCGCUAUAACGUCCAACUUUCCAGUUUGUACCGAUCAUUUCGGCCCGAGUUACGCCGCCGACAAGACAAUGCGUAGAGUAGCUCGCUAACUUGCUCAAUUUGCGCUCGCGCGCCGUGUCAAACUAUCAAAAACAUGGCGGGAAAUUUGCGAGCGAGGCAACGUGUAUCUCUCGAAAACGUAAAGCGAGUGCUGAAAAUGUAUAUCGUUUGACAGAGAUUGAAAUCCAUAAAGAUUGCUUUCGCGCGACUCUCUACACGCAAUUUCACAAUAAAUAUAAUAUUAACUGAAAGCAUCUCUACAAACGAAUGAAAAGAGUCGAAUCGUAGUUGAUAAUUAAUAUUUUUGUAAAGAAUGUUUAUUUUAUUGUUCGAAUGUCGAUUUCGAUCCCCGUGAUUCGUGAUCGUGAUAAUAUUUAGUUCGAUCUGUUUCUAUUAACCCUCGAUUAAUCGUUGUGAGUGGCAUAUUUUUCUAUCCGAUGAUUUAUACAUCGUUUGGCGCGCGUAUACAUAUUUAUGAUUUAAAUUAUAAACGAGUUUGGUAUGCGUGAUAGUUAAAUGAUAAUCAAGAUCUCACUCGACAGUCGGGGGUUAAUGCAAGAAAUUUGAAUAUUAUAUAUUUGAUUGUAUAUAAAAUAUGAAUACAUUGAAUGACGUAUGUAAACGCGUGUGCGUAUACCUUUCUUGUAAUCGUUGUUGUAUCAUCGCCGCGUAUUACGAGAUUUUACAAUACACGUGAUAUAUGCAAUAAAGUGCAACAUGGACCUAUCAAUCCAUUUCCAAUGUGUCAUCAUCUUCAUUGAAGCGAGAUAUAUUUUCUCAUUUUUUUAUAUUUUUCUGUAUAAUUAUUAAUAAUGAAACGACGAUAUACUUUAAUAAGGAUACAUAAUAUAAGUGUCGAAAAUGAUACCCCCGGCGUUUAAGGAAUUGAUGCAGCGAUGGUGAGUCUUUCUGUGUAUUUUACAUCAAGAGACAAUAUUGUGUCUCGCCCUAAUAUGUAUUAUGCAAAAAAUCGUGUGUAUAUUGCGUCAAUUAAAAAUAAAAAAUUACAAUAUAUAUAUAUUUAUUGCUUACACAAGAGAUAUAUAUGUGUAUGUUUUUGAGAUGUAACAUUUUUAUAGACGCGAUAAAAUUAUAUGUAUAUACCGAUAAGAGCGAUAGAAUUUAUCAUUAAUCAAAAGUAAAAGAAUUUAAUGCAAAAACAUUUGGUUGCUAAUCUAUGGCAAUCAAAGAUAUUUCCACCGUCAUAAUAAAA